UCGUCGUCGUCUCAACCGAGCUGCACUUCCGCUUCCCACCGAGACCCUUCUCUGCCGCCUUCUUCCCCUACGCAGGUGAGCACCAACUUCGCCGCCCAAACUGGCCGCGUUCUUGUCCUCUGUGUUCCUAGAGGCGACGGCCGGCUAACAGCGUUCGACGCCGUGCAGCGUAAACCUGUCUAUUAUUCCUGGUGUGGGUUGCUUACUUGUUUUCCUUAACCUAAGAAGCUGGUCGCCGGAGCAAUUCACUAAAGCGUACGUGCGCCUUCCUUUUAGUUGACCGGACUCCAACAAGCACCAUGCCGGGCAAGAGAGGCACGACCUUGCUCGAUCACCUUCCCGAGGACAUCAUCGACAGGAUACUCAUCCGGUUGCCGCCCAAGGACGUCGGCCGCUGCCGUGCCGUCUGCACAUUGUGGCGCAGUGUCACCUCCACGCCUGAAUUUAUGUCCGAACAUCAUCGCAGCCAGCCAUCGCUCCCAAUCAUCGACGGGGACGGGCGGCCAGCCAGCCUUGUCGUCGUCCGCGGUGCCGGUGCGAGAACCACCAAUCAACAGCUCUGGCCUUUCGUACCGGGUUUCAAACACCGUGAUGUGAUUUUUCUUGAAGGCACCUGUGAUGGUUUCAUCAUCGUCUCCGGGAGAUUGAGACAUCAAUUCUACAUUUGCAAUCCAGUCCUUCGCCAGCAUGCUCUCCUACCGCAGCCUCCAUUUGGCCCACUCAUCCACAACUACGUAAUUGGUUUCUACAUGCACUGUCCAACAAAAGAAUACAGGGUGCUCUGGGUCUCAAAAGGCCUUUUUGAAUUCAAUUUAUACGUCCUCACAGUUGGAUCUGACAAGCCGAGGCACAUCAGAGUCAGAAUGCCAACAGUCUCCUCGGUUUCCAUGGAAUGGAAGUUACUGGAGAUGCUGCUCCGUUCAGCGCCAGUACAGCACCAGGGCAAUCUUUAUUGGCGUCCUCCUUACCCUUAUGAUGCCACGCAGAUUACAGGAGAUGGUGAAGACAUUAUUGUAUUUGACACAGAAGUUGAAUCAUUCCGGUGGAUGCAUAGUCCGGCCCAACUGAAUAAUUCUGGUAUGUACCAUGAGGGACAGUUGUUCGACAUGAAGGGGACGCUUGCUUUCUCAGGCUUUUUGUUCAAAAACAACAACACUCUGGAUGUCUGGAUGAUGCAGGAUUAUGAAGCCGAAAUUUGGACCUUUAAGUACCGGAUUGACCUAACGAAAGUGGAGGCAUCACAAAAAUUGAAAUUAACUUCUCUCGAAAGGAAGAGGAAGUCGCCACUUGAUACAGUGAUGAUAUGGUUCAAUGGAAUGGCUGUGCUCAACGAGCAUGAGCUUUUGAUCCAGUUUAAUCAUAAACACAUGUUACACUGCGAUAUUGAUGGCAAGUUCUUAGGAAUGGUAAAGAUUGGAAAGAGACAAUAUCGUAUGAUUCUUACUGGAUAUUGCCUCCAAGAGAGCAUAAUUUCAAUUCCGUCGCAUGAGAAGCUACAAGAAGACAAGGACCCUCCAUUCUUCACAAGCCAUGUCUGAACUGAAUGUUCAUGCCGCUUUGCUUUGCCGUUGUAAUGUCUAUCCUCUUUUCUUUACCCCUCACUAGAUGAC